GGAUUUGUCGAAAGCCACAGGUUGAAAUCCAGCUGCUGUUUGCACACUGGGGGACUGUGUCCGAGCGCUGCACGCACAAACCUCCGACAUGGCUGGAAAGAUUCAGACUCUUACCAUGGAGGAGAGGGAGCACCUCCUGCCCAUCCUCAGGAAUGCUCAAUGGGUGGAGGUGGUGGGGAGAGAUGCCAUUUACAAGGAAUUUAUCUUUAAAGACUUCAACCAGGCUUUUGGGUUCAUGUCCAGAGUAGCACUGCAGGCUGAGAAAAUGGAUCAUCACCCUGAAUGGUUUAAUGUGUAUAAUAAGGUCCAGAUCACUCUCAGUACUCAUGAAUGUGGAGGACUCUCACAGCGUGACAUCACACUUGCUACUUUCAUAGAUCAGGUCUCAGUCCUAUGAGGGAUCCCAGAGACUUCUCUGCAGCCUGUACAACUGGACCAAACACACUUAUUCAUGCAUCACCGUUACACAUGACAUCAGCCUGUUACAAUCAAUUCUUACCUGAUAAGCAGUCACAAGAUCCUUUGAAUCAUUCCAAACUAAUGGUAUAUAAACACUUGAAAUUGCCAGAACCUAAGGAGACCAAUGAAACACUAUUGUGUGACUAUGUUCUAGGGCUUACAGUCUUUUUUUUAACUAAAGAUGGUGCUUUUUUUGUUGCUUUGGAAAAUGUUUGAAAUCUGUUAUUCCUUACAGGAUCUAAUGAUGAUCUAGCAGACUCAUUGUCUCAAAAAUGAAAUGUAUUAAACUGAGUAUUUGCCAACACUGA